GGUGGUCCUAGCCUCGCUGUGUCCAAUCACAGUGCUUCCACAGACUCUGGGACAAAGUCUGAUGGACAGAUGAGACAAGGCCUGAGAGCAGACUGGCUCUAGACUGUCUGCUGUGAGUGGAGCUCCAUAAAUGGGCAGGAAGGCGGUCUGAUUUACUCAGAGCAGAAGGGGAAGAGCAAACGACAGUAGAGCUCAUCACUGAGAGAGCUGAUCUGGACGGAGAUGAGAAGAUGGAGUGAGAAAUGAAGACGAGUGAUUGAGGAGUGGAUCAGAGAAUCGGAACUGUGGGUUUUAUUGAGGGAAAGAAUUCCCACCGGCUCAGUCUACAUCCACAUUUGGUGUUUGUCUCAAUUGGACGCUCUAUUCCUCCCCUGUCCUAAAGUUCUACCUGUGCGUUCCUCCAGGUGUGAGAUGUUCAGGUAAUUUCAUGCCAAAUGCUCUUUGAAAGGACCAGAUCAGACCAGCUGGGCUGCUUUCUCUUUAACAUACGUCUCUUUGGUUGGUCAGCCCUGGUCAGUUCCUCUGCUGACCAUGGGGAACUACAGCUCUGCCCUGUACGCUGAGGUUGAAGAUUUUAAAGCGAUCGUCUCGUCCCCAGAGAACGCGACCCCUGACCGGCACGCGCUGGAGGACUCCACCCUAAAUAAUCAUGUCAGUGGCGCUGAAGAGCCUGCGGUGUGGAAUAAACUGGACAUUUCUGUGCUCAAAUUUCUCCACAGCUUUCCAGAGCCGUGCAGGGAAAACACAGAGCCUGAUGUUGCGGCGGUUGCUGCGUCUUCUGCAGGUUCAUCUGGAUCACGCGCGAAACCCAAACUCAAGCCGCACGGCCCGGCCACUCUAGAGCGGCUCAGAGACGAGAUACAGGACAUGAGAGGAGAACUGGAGGUGCUGAAGAGUCAACACAAGAAAGACCUUAAACUGAUGAUGACCGAACUGGACGAAGAGAAGAAAAUGCGAUUGUCGCUGGAGGUUGAAGUCAAUCGUCUUAAGAAACACAUGUCUAAAUGAGGUGGACAGAACAGACACUGUCACUCAGAGGAAACAGGCCAAACCCUGACUGACCUCAGACCUGCCCGAGUGACAGACACAAAGAGGGGGGCCUUUAAGACGAACUGCGUUUGAAGCUCGCAGAGCCACAGAUCAGGGUUCUGCAGCAGAUAUCGGGUCAAACUCGGCUGUAACCCUGUCUGUGAAUGACGACAGCGCUGGUGUUAUAUGAGCUGCAGUGGAUAUACGGUAUCGGUCAGACGUUUGGACCUGCCUGACUGAAUGUUCAGUUUUCAUGACCUUAAAGACAUUUUGAACUAAAGGCUAAUAGGUUCUCUAAGUUCUAGGUAUUAACCACGUAACUUUGAGGUACAAAUGCUAAAGCACUAGAUAGUUGUUUGGAGUAAUAUGAUGGUGAGUUCCAAGACAGUUUGACUAAAUCACACUGAAAUGUAUCAGGUUCUAGAUAUUAACUGUGUGUGUGUGGAACAGUCUCCACAGCACUGUGUGAUUAUUUUGUGGUAAAAUGAUGGAAAGUUCCAUGGCAUUCUAACUACAUUACAGGAAAAUGUCUAACAGGUUCUAGAUAUUAAGCUUAAAGACAUUUUAAUCUAAAGGCUUAUGGGUUCUCUAAGUUCUAGGUAUUAGCCAUGUAACUUUAAGGUACAAAUAUUUAAGUACUUGGUAAUCAUUUUGGGUAAUAUGAUGGUAAGUUCCAGAACAGUUUGACUAAAUCACACUGAAAUGAAACAGGUUCUAGAUAUUAACUGAGUAAGUGUGUGAUACAGUCUCCACAGCACUGUGUAAUUAUUUUGUGGUAAAAUGAUGGUAUGUUCCAAGACAUUCUAACUAAAUUACAGGGAAAUGUCUAACAGGUUCUAGAUAUUAAGCUAAUAAAUGACAUGGCAUCAGGUAUGUCAUAAAAAAGUUUAAAUAAUAUCAAGUAAACAGUGAGAACCCAGUAGAACCACAGUAAGAAUCACUGCUUUCUUUUAAAGCCCAGUAUAAAUAAUUACACAGCACUGUGGAAAAUCUAGAACCUGUUGAGCAUUUCAGUGAAAUGUAAUUAGAUUGACAUCAUCUUACCUGAAAUAAUUAGCUAGUAAUUUCAAGUUUGUACCACAUACUGACAUGAUUAAUAUCUAGAACCUGGUGGACAUUCCAGUGUAAUUUAGUUAGAUUGACAUCAUGUUACCCAAAAUAAUUAUCAAGUACUUUGGAGUUUGUAACUCACACUUACCCAGUUAAUAUCUAGAACCUGUUGGGCACUUCCAUAAAAUUUAAUUAGAUUGACAUCAUCUCAACCUAAAUUAUCGUCUAGUUCUUUAAAGUUUGUAUGUCACAUUUACCCAGUUAAAAUCUAGAACUUGUAGCAUUUCAAUGUAAUUUGGCUAGAUUUAAAUCAUUUUUCCCCAAAAUAUGUAUCUAGUACUUUGGAGUUUAUACCUCAACGUUACCCAGUUAAUAUUUAGAACCUGUUGGACAUUUCAGUGAAUUUUAAUAGAUUGACAUCAUCUUACCCUAAUAUACUGUGUAGUCCGUUGGAGUUUGUACCUCACACGUACCUCAUAAAUAUCUAGAACCUGUUGGGCAUUUCGGCAUAAUUUAAACAAGACGGUAGUCUAACUAUGCAAGUAUGUGGUACUUACCCAGUUACUAUGUAGAACCUGUUGGGAAUUUCAGUGAAAUUUAAUUAAAUUGACAUUGUUACCCGAAAAAAAAUGAUUUAGUACUUCAACACCUCAUAAUUACCUAGUUAAUAUCUAGAACUUAAAGAACUGUUUAAAGUUGAUACUAAGAGAAAUCUAAAGAGUGAUGUGGCUGCCUGUGUAUGAAUUUAUUUCAAUAACUGAAAUUGAAAGAAUUAUUUUUUUAAAUGUGCUGGGUUGAUUUCUGUGCUCAUCUGUCAUGAUCCUUCCAUCCUCUUCAAAUGUUCAUUCAGAGAGAACGUUUGUCUUCAAACAGUUAUGGUGUGUUGUACUGCUUAAAUAUGUGUGUUGAUUGUUAAUAAUGACAGUUAAAAGUUAAUUAAAUAAAUGAGCUUUUAUUUAAAAACAGUGAGGAUUA